GAAAGCGUAAAGCCAAAGUUGGUGUGUGAGUUGUGACAGCACGGGCCAAGGGUGCAACGACUUCAGCUGCGGUCUGCGGAGGAGCGCGAGGCGAAGGCGACAGAGAAAUUGGAGGGGAUGACCCGGACCAGCGGUGCCCAAGCCCAACAUCCUCCGGCGACGGCGAGCGGCGACCGCCUCGCGGUCAUCGCGUCUCACUUAUCCCACUCUUGGCUCGGCACUCCGGCGCACAUGGCCGGCGAGAAGGAAGCCGCACUCGCCGCCGAGCCCGUGGACGGCCCCACCAUUGUUGAAAAAAGUAUCGGGAAGGAGAUCCCAUCUCAGGUGGUUUAUGAGGACCAAAAGGUCCUUGCAUUCAGAGACAUUUCACCACAAGCUCCCAUACAUAUUAUAAUCAUACCCAAGGUUAAAGAUGGGUUAUCCAGGCUGUUGAAGGCAGAAGAAAGGCACGUCGAGGUCCUGGGCAAUCUUCUGUAUGCUGCAAAGGUUGUAGCAAAGCAGGAAGGGCUUGGUGAUGGCUUCAGGAUUGUCAUCAACGAUGGGCCCGAAGGAUGUCAAUCUGUGUAUCACCUCCACGUCCAUCUUCUCGGGGGACGGCAGAUGAACUGGCCACCUGGGUGAGUUGGUGUUGCAGUUUCCACAAGAGCAAUUUAGAAAUUACACGUCUGGAAUUCACUUACUACUGCGGUAAGAUGCAUAUCGUCCUGUGCACUGGAGCCUGCGUUGUUAUCUGAGCCAAUGCUGACAGCGUACAGACGCGAAGGACUCCAUGGACAUGUAUAAUCGUUGGCAAAGGUUAACAGACCAUCGAAAUGGUUUCGUCAAGUGCUGUAAUUUGUUAAGCAUGGUAGAUGGAGAACGGCGGAGCUCACCCCCAUGAUUCUGUAGGCUAUGCGGAGCUCACCCGUUCCCCUCGCUUCUCAUUUUUCUCGCCCGCGGUAAAAACAGAGGAUUACCGCGUGGUAAAUGGUAUUAGUGGUUUUGUAAGCUCAUUUCAUGAACUCCUCUGUUUCUCAAUCAUAUGUGAUUCUCUCC